GCACUCAUCCUCACCACCAGACAGCUGCUGGGCUGGAGGUCUUAGUUGUUGGCGGAAGGGCGUCCCGAGCACAGGUUGUGUGUGCUUGUUUGUGUCGCAGCUCUCCGCGUUGGUGCUCUCUUUUUGCAACUAGCGAGGCUAAAAAUACUAAAGUGCAGCAUCACCAUGAACUUUGCUGUGCGAAUUUCCAACUAGAUUUUCAUUUUCAUUUCCGAACGGCCUGUCGCUAACCAGAUUCGCUUUCGAAGGGCCUAGAAACAUGGACCGAAUUCUCUGCUGUGUCACCAGGCAGGACUCGAGGAAGGUGAACAAGACCAUCGGCUUGGAAACGUUUGAGGAGCGGCGGACACGAUGGCGGUCCAUCAGACUGAUGUAUUUGACCAUGUUCGUCAUGUCCACUGGGUUCACAAUCAUCUUGACUGCGGUCUGGCCUUAUCUCACCAAGCUGGACCCGAACGUGGGCAAAGAGUUCCUAGGUUUUGUAACAGCCGCCGGUCCAUUGGCUGAGACGAUUUUUUCGCCCAUCCUUGGCUACUGGAGCAACAAGAGCGGCUCUGCGCGGCAGCCGCUGCUCGCCACCCUGGCCCUGAUGGUCAUGGCGAGCGCCGGCUACUCGCUGCUUGAGGCGUUCCCGGCCUCCACUGCCAAAUACUGGAUGAUCAUCACGCGGUUCCUCAUUGGAGUCAGCGCCGCAAACGUUACUGUGAUCCGAUCGUACAUCUCCGCCGCCACCACCCUGGACGAGCGAACGGGGGCUACGAGCAUUUUGGCUCUUUGCCAGGUUAUGGGCUACAUUUUUGGUCCAGUUGUCCAGUCGAUCCUGACGUCUCUCCUUGGAAACGACGGAUUUCCAAUAAUCGAGGACUUCAUCUCAAUGAACAUGUACACGUCGGUCGGCUGGGUCAUCGUGGUGCUCAGCUCAAUCAACUUUGUGCUGCUGCUACCACAGUUUUUCACAGAGCAGCACAUCGCCGUCAGGGAGGAGAUGAAAACGCAAGGGAUUUCGACUCUCCUGCCAGAUUCUCAGCCUGUGUGGAAGAAGUCAAAACUAGACUAUUUGGCCGCUUUCAGUUUGAUCUUCGGCUACUUUGUUCUUGUUUUUAACAUCGCUCUAUUGGAAAACUUGGGCAUUCCGAUUGUGAUGGACCAGUUCGCAUGGACCAACGAACAAGCCGUUUACUACAUGGGCAUCGUGAUGGCUGUUGGCGCGAUCAUUUCCGUCACUGUUAUUGCUCUGCUGAAAUUUGUUUGCAAAUACAUCAGUGAAGCGAAUCUCGUCAUUUACGGCGGCUUCCUCUUCAUGUUCAUCGGAAGGCUCGCGUACAUCCCGUGGGGAGACGCUCCUCCGCAGCUUCAAUUCUCGCAUGAGCAUAACUUAACAAGCGCGGUAGGCUGCCCAGUGGUGGAGCAGCCGUGGUGCGAAUUCACCCCAGCAAUGACCCUGCCGCAGGUCUUGAUUGGAUAUUUGUUCCUUUCCAUCGGAUACCCCAUUGGCGUCACGCUGCUCUUUUCGAUAUUCUCAAAGAUUUUGGGCCCACGACCACAGGGCGUUUGGAUGGGCCUGAUGAUGGGCACCGGCAGCUUUGCUCGCGCCCUCGGAAGCAUCGUGCUGAGCAUCAUGUACGUCGAGCUGGGCACGACUCUCACGUUCUCGAUAACCUCGGUCAUGAUUCUGGCUUACGGCGUUUGGUUGGUGCUGGUGCACAAGCGGCUCAAGCCGAACGACAGGGCCGUGUUGGCAUCACCGCGACAGGUGCGGAUGAUCGUCCUUAAAGAGAACAUGAACGGCAAGGGCGGCAACGCGCCCAUUGCCGACGAGGAGAGACAGGCUCUCAGACAGUAAAGUGUGUGCCAUAAAAUAUAUCAGUUAUUUUGUUAGGUGGUAAGAGAUUAAAUCAAACCGUAUUUUUCUACCAAACGUAAUCGACGAAUUUACACACGAAAAGACUUUCAUCAGUUGUGAUCAAACGAAAUGUUGUUCAUUUAUAUGUAGUUCUGAUAAAGGAAGCGCACCGAUUAACCUCAAAACUGUUAUAAUUGACUUUCAACCCUUUCCUCUUGGGCGAAUUCCCUGUUGAGAGGGCAAUUCCACUCACAAUGGGGAGUUCGCGCCUUUGAGGGAAUUUUUGGGCUUCCCUUGUGAGCAGAGAAGAUUUUUUUGAAUAUAUAAUACUCAAUAAAA